AUGGCAACCAGAAAGAAGUUGAGAAAAUUAAUUAUUUUGCAAUUUGCAAUGAUACUUAAUUUACGAGACAAACGUGACAAACUUGUAGUAGACGUUAAAGAUUCAGCUCAGCAAUUGUUGAAUUUCUCUAUAUCAAUGAAGCUGAAACGACAUUUGAAAGCUUACAAUAAUGUAUUUCUGCGUGAAGGUGGAAAAUCUGUUCAAAAGCUCGGUUGUUAUAUCAAGAGAGUUCCCGGAGCUUUCGAGAACAUUUCAUUUAAUAGCACAAUGCAUUGGGUUGUAAUAAGAAAGAAAGUUGAUAGUUCCACUGUGAUUGAAAAGAAAAGUUUUCAAGCGAUCUUAAAGCCAGAGCAUGUCACAUGUUUCAUGAAGAAAGAUCCUUCCAACUAUAAAUCAUGA